AUGGAUAGGGCUCAAGUUGAGCCAUUACUAUUGCCUGAUUUAAAGGAGACUGGUAAAGAGUUAGGUCGUGGAGCUUAUGGUGUUGUUACUGAAGUAAUAGUUAAUGAAACAACCUGUGCUGCUAAGAAGCUUCAUGAUGCUAUUGUACAGGAGAACACUUUGAGAAGGUUUGGUGAUGAGGUGCUUCUUCACAGUCAGCAAAGGCAUCCUAACAUUGUCCAGUUAAUUGGUGUCUAUUAUCCUCCUCGUUCACAAUUACCAAUGUUAGUAAUGGAGUAUCUUCCUUUAUCACUCACACAAUGUUUACAAAAUGCUCUUUUAUUGAAAGAAAACGAAUUCAAUGAUUGCACUCGAGUACUAAAGAAAACCAUUAGAAGCAGAGAUGAACAACUAGUUAAACUACAACAAAGUGACUUAGAUCUACUGAAAAAAAGAGAAUCUUAUUUAAAGGAAAAGCGUUUGACAGAGCUUGCUGCAAUGAAGGAGGAGUAUGAUGCAAAGCUUUUGACUGCAACAAAAGAACAUGAGCAGCAACUUUCUAAGACACAUGAAGAAUGUGAGGCCAGAGUAACAGAAGUAAUGAAAGAGUUUAAAGUGAAAUCAAGUGAAGCACUUGAACAUGCAGUUGUAUCAAAAAGUGAAUUAUUAUCAUCCCUGCAGUCUCUGCCAUUAGCAAGGAUUCCUUCUUAUGAAACACAAAAGGAACUGAUUCGACCUCUCUUGCCACAAUGUUUGAAGAAAGGAGAAAAAUGGUGUCUUGUUGGUGUGAGAUGGUUCAAGAAGUGGAAGAAAUGCACUGGAUUUGAUUCAAAGGAUCAAGACACUGCUGGGCCAUCAAGUUCUCACCCAGGACCAAUUGAUAAUGCUAGUUUGUUUAAAAGCAAUGUAUCUGAAACAUUAAAAGAUUAUCUAAUGGAAGAGCGACACUAUGCAUUACUACCUAAGUCAGCAUGGAAUCUUUUACUGAGUUGGUAUGGACUAUCAGUAGGAUCAAGACCUAUUAUUAGGAAUGUAGUA